AUUCAUGAUAUUAUUAAACUGAAGAAAAUCUAUGAUAAACUGAAGAAAAUCCAUGAUUUUAUCAAACUGAAGAAAAUCCAUGAUUUUAUCAAACUGAAGAUAAUUCAUAAUAUUAUUAAACUGAAGAUAAUUCAUGAUUUUAUCAAACUGAAAAUAAUUCAUGAUUUUAUUAAACUGAAAAUAAUUUAUGAUUUUAUUAAACUGAAAAUAAUUCAUGAUUUUAUUAAACUGAAGAAAAUUCAUGACUUUAUUAAACUGAAGAAAAUUUAUGAUUUUACUGUAUUGAAGUAA